AUGCGUGGGAAGUUCUUUGCUGGGUUUCGCACAACAUCACGGUGCGAAGGUAUGCAUUCCCAAAUUGGUAGGAUUCUGCGUUCCCGAAACAGCUUGCUGGAAUUUGUACAAUAUUUUGAGCGUUAUGUGGAUUACAUGCGAUGGAGAGAGGUUGAUGCAGACUAUAAGUCUGUGGUUGGAGAUAUUGUUCCACAAACUAGUGUGCGAGCGCUGGAACGGUGUGCAGGAAAAUUGUAUACAAGGACUGUUUUCCUAAAAUUUCAUUCUUGGCUAAACAGCGGAAGCGUAAUGAAGGUUGGGGCAAUAAAGGAGACGUCAUCAUGUAUUAUAUAUUCGAUGUACAGGUAUUGUAAACCACAGAAGUUGUGGCAUGUGGCACACGAUGAAAAAAUGUCCACCUUUAGGUGUUCAUGUCAGCGGAUGGAGACGUUUGGGCUGCCCUGUGACCACAUAAUUGGUCUAUUGGUACAUCUAGACAUUGAUGUCAUACCAGAGUGUUUAGUAUUGCAAAGAUGGUGUAAGGCAGCUAAGGACUGUAUGAAAGGGAACUCUGAAUCGGCUUACAAGUUUUGGGAGUCCACAGUUUUGGCCAGGCUAGGAUCAUUGGUUUUGAGAAGUAGAGAAAUGUUUAACCUUGGCUGCGAAUCGAUGGAUGACUACCUUGAUACUAUUGAGGUGAUGGAGAACCAUGUCACCAAACUGAAGGCAAAGAAGCUUGCUGUAAGCGGAAGUUCUGCUGUUAAUGAGGAGACGCCAAUUGAAGUGUUUGAUAAUGUGAAAAAUCCUGAGGUAGUUAGGACCAAAGGUUGUGGGGGCACCUCAACUGGAAACGGAAACAAGAGCAAACGAAGGUGCACUGUAUGUAAGAAGGAAGGCCACAACAAAACAACAUGCAAACGACAAAAAACUUCUACAGGAUUUUCUGAUGUUGUUGGACUUGAUGGUGCAGGCGUAGGUUUGUUCUUCGAUGUCGUCACAUAUUGCAGGACAUGA